ACAAGAAAGCAAAAUGGCCCCGAGCGAUACAAACAAAACAAGCCGAUGACCACAACAGCGCUUGGGCUUGGGUUCAAAUACUAUGUAGAUCUAGCACGUGUUACACUUAAAGGAUACUAUCCCUAAAUUAAAAAAAAAAUAGUUGUCAGUUAUGCGAAAUUCCAGUCUUUUCAGAGCGCUGCACCUCUUAAAAUUGUCUAAACAAUACUCCACUGUUGUGGUUCGGAAUGAAUCUCAGUCGAAACUGUGUGGUGUACCUUCGCUGUCACUUCACGACAGAUCCUGGAAUUAUAUGCCGGCGAGAUGUAAAAACAGCCAUAGCUUGGAAUUAGCUCAUCUAAAAAGUAAUGGACAGGGUCUUAAUUUGGGUGACGAUGCUGCACCACUGUUCCAGCCAAAACGUGCCGUUAUUUUAACAAAAAUGACUCGGUAUGAAUACGAGAGGAAAUUGUGCGAUGGCAUGUCUGACAAAGAAUUCAUGGAGUAUCUUGAAUCCAAAGACUCUGAUUAUUUCGGUCUCCUCGAGCGUCACAAGAAUCACUACUAUGCCCUGGAUGUUGUGAGAAAGGAACUGCAGAAGGCAAACAUCGAAGCUCGAGUCGUUCAAAGAUUUUACCUUGAUCGGAGUGCUUUGGAUUGGGCUGAUGUUGUGUUCACAGCUGGGGGAGAUGGCACGUACUUGUUAGCUGCUAACAAAUUUGUCAACACCAGCAAGCCUCUGAUUGGCAUCAACACAGAUCCUGACAGAUCUGAGGGUCACCUUUGCUUACCCAAAUGUGAGUACAAUGCUGUCAAGUUUGGGGAUGCUCUGAAGCGGCUUUUGAAAGGAGACUUUGGGUGGAAGUGGAGACAGAGAAUACAGGUCACCAUGUCUGGCACGCAUAUUAACGAUGACCCCAUUGAGCUGCACGACCAGCAGCUUAUCUUCCCCGAGCAUCGCUUCAUCGAACAUAUUGCUGAGGAUGAGCAGGUUCGGGUCCUGAAGCCUUCUAAUGGAGAGAAGGAGACGUAUCCAGUGCGGAGACUGCCGUGCUUGGCCUUAAACGAAGUUUUCGUCGGAGAGUCGUUAUCGUCCAGAGUGUCCUACUAUGAAAUUGCCACUGACACGACUCCCAAGGAGAAGCAGAAGAGUUCUGGGGUGACCAUCUGCACAGGGACGGGGUCCAGCUCCUGGCACUUUCACAUCAAUCACCUCUCAAGCUCAGCAGUCGGGGAGAUCCUUAACAUUGCCAAUCAGGUAUCUGGCUGUGACUUUCCCGUUGGUGAUGAGGCCAUGACGGAGGAGAUUAUGGACACGUUCAACAGCAGUCUCCGCUUUGACCCCAGUGAACCUUUGAUGGCUUACACCAUCAGAGACCCUAUUAAAAACGCUGUCUUUCAUGUGGAGCGCACUGGUUCUUUUGCUAAAAAAAUCACAAUACGGUCGCGCAUGUGGGACGCCUGUCUGGUGGUGGAUGGAGGGAUGUCUUUCAAGUUCAAUGACGGUGCCGUUGCCACGUUUGAGAUUGCUGAAAACAAUGCUCUUCGAACCGUUACUUUUGACUGAGUCUGUUUUACACCUGAAUGUUAAGUCUGCAGCACUAAAAUGCUGUGAAACGGGUUUGGUUAUUUUUACUUUGCUAGGCUUUGUUAAGGUCAAGAUUGAGUUCCUCUUAUGCAACUAUACAAAAAAAACCGUGUUUCCUUAGGUUCUGAGGUGUUCAGAUGGAAUCUCGAGUGAUACAUAUAUAUAUGUAUUAUAAUGUACUGUUGCAUAUUCAGCAAUUUUUGGGGCUUUGUUCUGUUCUGAACCUCACAUAACGUGAGUGACCAUGUGUGACUUUUGGUGUGCAGUGAAGAGUGAGUAAAGACGUGGUCAGGCGUGUCCCUGUUUGGUUUAUGACUUUAGAUGGAAGACUGUACCUUUGUGUAAAAAGAUUUACCUGGCCUGGAUUUUUCUUUAAUUGUUGUUGUGUCUGUGCGUUUGUGCACAAUUGUAAUUUGUAACUGCUGUUGUAUUAUUAAUUUAGAUGAGGAGCCAAUUCUUGAAAUUUGCAUUUACGAAUCUUUGAACAACCUGCUUUGCUGCAGGAUUUUAUCUCGUAGCUACUGGGAGACCAGUGCCAUUCCGUCUUAUUUCACUGUCAUAUUUAUUGAUUUGUCAUAUUUUUUACACAAGGUGGUAACAUCAGGACACGUUUUUUGCAUUGUGUUCACAUCAUAGCAGAGCAAAAGGCACAGUUUAUUUUCCCCACUUUCUUUUUACCUCAUGAAAUUGUAGACAUUGUGUUCAAAUGAAAUUCUUCUCAAGAAUAAUAUUGUUUUCAUUCUACUUUUUGUUUAAUGGUUCAUAGAGGGACUUGUUUCUGGAGUAAUUCUUUGUCUGAAUACUCCUGAUCGUCUGCUCUGCUACUUUUAUGAUAGCAUUUCAUAUCGUGAUCUAGCUCUGGCAUUUUGAUAGAUCCUAUCUUUCGAAAUGAGUGAAGCUUCAUGGAGAGAAGUUCAAAAUUCAUUGCAGUGCAUUUCUCUUACUCAGUUCACAAUCAUGAAACAUCUUUUCACUGACCAAAGAAUGAAGUCUUGGUUAAAAUUGAAGGCAGUUCUAUUUUGUUGUAGGUCACCAGACAUAACAUUAGAUGUGCUCGCUUCGUGGGAAAAUAAAACAUGCAUGCAUCAGGUGCAUUGCUUGAAAAUACAUAGUGCCAGGUGUAUGUAUUGCUUGCAAAAAAAACAUAUCUGUUACACUUCCUUUAGGACCGAUGACUUGCUCUACGAUGUAACGCCACUUCUCUUUGUUAUAAUUCUGUAUUGCUAUUUCACAGAUGCAUAGCUGUCUAUACACCAAUCUGCAUGAAUACAAAUACAUGCUUUCUCGGAUGAGCUAAUUUGAUGAUGGUGCGUUUUCAAAGUGUAGUCAUACAACAAAUCGCGUAGGAGAAGUAAUUAUUAAGACUUGGGCAUACUGUGUCUUUAAUCUUGAGGUCUCAAUUCAGGUCUAGUAAUAGAGAACUGAAAAAAAAUCUGUUUGUUUUCCUUGUUAGUUGAAACAUGUUACUGGUUAGCUAUUUCAUCAUGCCAAAAGACUUGCUUUGAUACUUAGUUCCUCCCAGCAUGGUCAGUGGAUUACUUAGGGUAUAUAUUUGCAUUUCUGUUUGGAAAAGUAUGGUGGAGUUUCUAGUCUGCUGGAGUAUAGGCAAAAUGCUUUUGAGGUCUUUUAUGCUCAUUUGUGCUCAUUAAAAUAGUACAAGUUGGGGAAAGUGUGUCGAAAGAGUAAAAGCUCCCCUGUGCACAGUUUUGCAAAACUCAAAUAAUAAAAGACAAGUUCCACUAUUUGUGUUUGUAACUGUUGUAUAGGUCUGGUGAAGAACUGAAGACUGAGCGUAAUGGCUGUAGAGGCUUGAUAUAAACAUUCGCUCUUUGUGUUGUGCUGUAAAAUUUUCGUUAGGCUCAGUUAAUAAAUUAUGCAAGCUUGCCAACAGACCCAACUUUCCUGGGACUGUCCCAGAUUUGGCAGUCUGGAAUUUGAGAAACCUUAUCACUUACACUUACAGUACUCCAAAACCAGUCCCACUUAGAUGUAAUUUUGUUCUUUCUUGUGUAUGCGGAUGCUCUAGCAUUGGUAUCUCUGACUGAUUGGGUUUUGAAAAGGUUGGCUAGCCUUUUUAUCCUACCUUGUUUUUCGACAAAGAGUGAUCAUGAUAUUUAAUUCAGGACAAAGUGGUUCAGACUGCGGUCUGUUACAAUAUCUAAUCAUAGAACUUUAGCUCUAUAUUAUUUGUAGUUAUAUGUUUACUCGAGAAGCAAAAGAUAUGUAUUGAAGUAGUUAUUAGAUUCUGAAGACAGCUAUGGAAAUCAAAUGUCAUGGUCAUUUUUUUGCUGGCGCUGUCUGCAAGGCCAGUCAAUAUUUCAUGGGCCAUGUUUUUUACUCUUGUUUAGCGUUUAGCUCAUAUGUAACGCGUGAAGGAAGAGAACAAUGAACUAUCCAAUUCUGGGGGCAUAUUUUGCUUGGUAAUAUUCUGAUUGCUUACACUAUUUUGAACUGUUAUUCUGAGAAAAUGGCUAGUCUUGAUGCAUUUAAAAACAUAUAAGCAGGGUAUGAAUAAGUUUAAUGAAUUUCUUUUUAACCAUACAUUUUUUAACUUCUGUGUUGCCAAUAUGUCAUACAUGUGUGAAAUGGCUGCGAGUCUUCAGUCAAUCAAACACAUUAUUGCUGUUGAAGGAGAGAAGGGGUUUUCAAAUACAAUAUAUUUAUGUGGAGUUAGUACUAAUACUACUGCAUUAAUUCUAUUAUCGCAUUAAAUUCUCUUGUCAGCUUGUUAGUGUGUUAGUGCUUGAUCGGCAGUCUGUACAUUUUGCUUCCUGGGAAGCUGAGAAUAUUUCUGAGUGUCCUAGUGUGUGCUGGGGUAAUGAUAAUUGUAAAGAGCACUGAGCACACUGUAGAGCAUGGAUAUGCACUAUACAAAUGCAGUAAUUAUUAUUAUGACUGUCAAUCUGUUAAUUACUAACUUGACUCUCAUUUCGACCUGUAGACAGUGUAGGAUGCAAAAAAUUGUUGUUCUAAGGGAUAAAUAUCCUCGUGUCCAGUCCUGGGGCCUUUGCAAAUGUUCAAGUGCUUUGGAUUUGAAUUGAUAUCAGAAGUAUUUAGCACAUGAAGGUGAAGCAGUUCCAGCAUUUGGAUUGGGUGUCUCAAGGAAUACUGAUCAGAUUUAUACUUUAUGGUUUGUAGGAAGAUUGGUGCUGUACAGAUACCGCUUGUCUGCAAAGAAACCAUCCCAGCUUAGUUAAGCAUAAUUAUCCAUGAACUUUCUUCUUCCUGUACUCUUGUAUUCACACAACUCACGCAUACCUGAUAUUAAAUUGUUCAAAUGGGUUUCGCAGAUGAUUAUUCAAUUGUGUUUCGCGGAUGAUAUUUCCUGCUGUUCAAAUAUGUACAUUACUGCUUUCCAAGCAUCAUUCUUUUAAUAAAAUGUAAAAAUCUGUGGUGUUAAUGUCCUGACAUAUUACAGUGAAGUCCGUUUAAACCGAAGGCUGCAUGGAUGGCGAGUACUCUGGUGUGGGUUGCUCUUUCUUUCCUAUCAAACA